ACUAGCAUAUAUGGAAGGUAAGAAAUGAGAACUCUUAGAGAUGAGAGGGAGAGUGUUAGAGAGAGAGAGAGCACCGGAGAGGGUGACCAACAACAGAGGACGAGGAAGGAGAGCACAGCGAUAUGAGGGAAUUCAGCUGGAGAGCAAGAACUGUCCGACGAAAUACUACGGGGGAUUUGAGAAGAAGAUUUACAACCAAGCAUCACCUUUCUUUUUCACAAAUUUCCCCGAAGACUGGUCCUUUGAAGAGAUGUGGGGAACAUUCAACAGACUGGGAGAGGGAAGGGUAAUCGAAAUUGACUGUCCGAAAAACAGGGACCGCCUGGGAAGGAGAUUUGGUUUUGUUAGAUUCUUGGAGGUCAGGGAUGACAGAGAGCUGGAAAGAAAGCUAAACCAAGUUCAUAUUGGGGGCUUUAAACUUCAAGCCAACAAACCCAGGUUCCAGAAGACAGGACAUGAAGUUCAAAAGCAAAUUAAUAUGGGAAACAGGGUGAAUGGGACAGCGAAAGGUGUGGAUACAUCAGAGACAGAAACUCAUCAGAAACCAUCGUAUGCCGAGGUAGUAAAAAGAAGAAUGGCAGAAAAUCAGGAUCGAGGACAAAAAACGAAGCAUUAUCAUGGAACUAGUAACAGAGAGCUAAUCAACAACGCUAGGACAAGUGCACAAAGUAAAUGGAGAUGGAAGCCAAAACAACAACAUCAAGAAUGGGCAGGAAUGGAGUUUAAUGUCAAUCAGAAUGAGUAUGAAUGGCUGGAAAAUUGCUUUGUAGGAACAGCUCACUCGGCUACAAUGAUCCCAACCCUGCAAGAAAAAUUCUUUAUGGAGGGAAUCUUCUUCUGCAAAAUCAGAGCAAUGGGAGGCAGGCUAGUCUUGUUGGAAGGACAUGAGAAAGAAGACUUGAAAGAGCUGGUAGAAAAUUACAAAGAGUGGCUAGGACAGUGGUUUGAGGAAAUCAAACCAUGGAACCCGACGGUGGUGGCAACAGAAAGGUUCACAUGGAUUAGCACUAGCCAGAAAAAACGCCUUGAUGUUGCUAGAUUCCUCAUUUCAACUCCUGUGGUGGAAUACAUCUCAAAGCACCUAACCAUAAAGAUUAAUGGGGUGGUGUACAAAAUCAAAUUCUCAGAGGAGGAAUCAAGCAAUAGUCUGGGCGAGGAAGAAGAUGAUGACAUGGCAACCGGACUGCCGGUGCCAGAGACAGACGUGGAAGAUGGCGAGGGAGCUUUGGAAGCAGCGAACCACUCACCAGAUGACACAUCAGCGGCGGAGUGGGUGAGUCAACAAAUUCAAAAAAAUAACCAUAAUAAGAAGAAAGAGAAGAACACAGUUGAAAGGACAGAAGAUGAAGCCUCCGUGACAGAAGGAAUGGUCAGACUGUCUGAAAGACCAAAGGAGAAGGCAGUGAGCAGGAAGGAAGGAUCAACGGGAAAACAUUUAAUGCUCGAUGGGCUCGAGGGGGAUGUGAGAGGGAGGGGAACAGAUUCGGAAGACAACAAAGAAAAAGAAGGUAGCAGAGGGACUUUCAAAUUGGGAACAACGGACGAGGCUUCAGGGGAAAACGACAUAGAAUGCAGCACUAAAAGUUGCACGAUGGAGCAGAGGGGAGUUCCAAAUGGGCCUGAUGGGCCAGCAAAGGAAAAAACAUCAGAAAAAGGGAAAGACGGGUUACAGAAGCAUGGGCCAAAGCAUGAAAUGUUAAACCCAUUAUCUUUGGGUAAGCCCAACAAAAAGAAUGCUAGCAAACCAAGCCACGGGAGAAAUGAAGAAAUAGAUAGCUUCUGGAAAGACAUGGACAGCAAUUCAGAGGGGUGUAACUCAGAGGGGAUGCCGAAUUGGACAAGAAAAGGAGAAGGAAAGAAGAAACAAAGACAGAAAAGAAGAGUAAAGACCUGCAGAUCUGUGUAUAUACAAUCAGGCGGACUCAAAGGCACUCGGUUGCAGAAAAAAAAGAAAGGGAAAAGGCUGGUGACGGAAAAAAUGGAGCAGGAGGUUGCCUUCGAAGGAAACUCAGCAGAUCUGAUAGCAGACGACUCAAUAGAUGACAGCAAUAUCCAGAAUUGCAACAGGAGCAUUGAUCUGAAGAAUAGCAGUAGAGACACAGAAGCAUUAUGGAGACGCAUCAAGGAAUUGGGCGUAUCAACAGAAGGGAAUGAGAUACCAGUGGUGCGAAAGCUAGAAGAAAUGGAGCAGAGGGACAGAGAAAGAAGAAAAAAGGACACGGGGCCUAGGAGGGGUGGGGAAAAAAAGAGAGACAAACAAUUAUGUAGAAAACUCUGGGACUCCGACAAUAUGGAGUGGGUGGCAAAACCGUCUUUGGGAGCCUCCGGAGGAUUAAUCAUACUCUGGAAUAGUGAUGUAUUCAAGAAAUUAGAUGUUUUUGAAGGUGAUGGUUUUCUUGGGAUUUAUGGGUUAUGGGGACCUGAAGCUCACCCGUGCAUUUUGUGUAAUGUAUACUCUUCGUGUGAUUUGGAGAAAAAGAAAACUAUGUGGGGAUCACUUCAGCAGAAAAUAAAGAACAACAGGGGAUGCUGGUGCAUAGGGGGUGAUUUUAAUGCCAUCAGAUGUCUUCAAGAAAGGAAGGGAGGAAGGAGUGUAAGGAGAGAAAUCACGGGUUUUGAAGAAUUCAUCUUGAACAGCGGAUUGAUGGAUUUACCACUAUUGGGAAGGAAAUACACAUGGUAUCAGCCGAAUGGUCAAUGCAUGAGCCGGUUGGACAGGUUCUUGUUCAAUGAUGAAUGGUUAACGAAAUGGCCUGAUUUGAAGCAAUGGGGUCUUCACAGAUCUAUGUCGGAUCACACCCCAAUAUUGGUAAAAAAUGAAGCACAUAAUUGGAUUCCAAAGCCAUUCAAACUCUUUAAUGCUUGGCUACAAAACCCGGGAUUUUCAGAGAUGGUUGCAGCAAAAUGGAGAGAGAUUUCAGUCCAGGGAUGGGGUGGAUUCAUUUUGAAGAAAAAAUUGAAGAAGACUAAAGAGUUCCUUCGGGUUUGGUCAAAAUCUUCAUUACAAGAAGUGGAUAGAAAGAUUGAGAAAUCUAAGGAGGAGAUGAACAGAAUUGAUGUAAAAGCAGAAAAUUGCAGCUUAACAAAAGAAGAUUUAUUUCUUAGAAGCUCACACUACACUAAAUUAUUAAAGAAUAUGCAAUUGAAAGAAGAGAUGGCCCAGCAAAAAGCAAGGAAAAACUGGCUAAAAACAAGAGACGCAAAUACCAACUUCUUCCACAAAUGCAUCAAAGGGAGAUGGCGCAGAAAUAAAAUAAAUGUAAUCUCCAUAGGGGGCGAAGAGUUUAGGCAAGUUGGAGAUAUAAAACAAGGAAUAAUGAAGUAUUUUGAGAACUUAUUUACUGAUGAAGGAUGGACAAGACCAAAGUUAGAGGGGCUCAAAUUCAGAACCAUUUCGGAGGCAGAUAAAUGUAUGCUUACUGAGCCUUUUACAGAAGAAGAAGUCAAAACAGUGGUAUGGAAUUGUGACAGCACCAAAGCACCAGGGUCAGAUGGAUUUACUUUCGGUUUUAUAAAGAGUGCAUGGGAGGUGAUCAAGGUAGACAUCAUGGAAUUCCUUAAGGAUUUUCACAGCAACAGAAAACUGGUAAGGGGGUCUAAUGCUUCUUUUCUUGUCUUGAUACCGAAGACAGAGAACCCCCAAGGUGUGGAGGAAUAUCGACCCAUCUCCUUAAUUGGAUGCACUUACAAAAUUCUUGCUAAGCUGCUAGCAAAUAGGCUCAGCAAAGCAUUGAACUCAAUUAUAGGAGAAAAUCAAUCUGCUUUUAUUGAGGGAAGGCAACUUGUAGAUGGAGUGGUUGUUGCAAAUGAAGCGAUUGAUGGGGCACGAAAAAGAAAAUCCCAGUGCUUUAUUUUCAAAAUUGACUUUGAAAAAGCUUAUGAUAAGGUGAGCUGGUCCUUCCUUGAUUACAUGAUGGAGAGAAUGGGUUUUGAUAUAGUAUGGAGGGGGUGGAUCUCAGAAUGCUUAAGAUCAAACACGGUGUCCGUUUUAGUCAACGGAAGUGCUACCAAAGAGUUCUCGAUGACAAGAGGGCUCCGACAAGGCUAUGUUAAACCAUUAUCCCCAUUCUUGUUCCUAAUGGUGGCAGAAGCUCUAAAUGGACUAACUUCCGCAGCUGUUGCAAAGGGUUACUUCUGGGGAGUCAAAAUAGGAAAAGGAGAGUUAGAAGUCAGCCAUCUUCAGUUUGCGGAUGACACACUUUUUAUGGGAGAGGCGACUGAAGACAACAUUUGGACAGCAAAAUGCAUAAUGAGGGCAUUUGAAUUGGUGUCAGAGAAUAACCACCUAGAGACCUCUAAUAGACUCAUUCAGAAGAAAGCUCUCAGUCUGGAAAGGAAGAUUCUUAUCGCUCGGUGGACGAAUAACCCUCAUAAACGCUGUGCUAUCCAGCCUACCAGUGUUCUUGAUGUCGGUAUAUCUGCUCCCAAAACAGGUAGCAAAGAUGGGUGGUUGCUUCUGAAUUUCAAAAUGAAUUUGGGAGAAGGGAAAAUUGUUAGAUUCUGGCUAGACACAUGGGUGGGAGGGACCUCUUUGGCUAAUGUUUUUCCAAGGCUAUUUUUGCUGGCUACAGAAAAGAAUUGCAGCAUCAAUCAAAUGGGACAUUGGAACAACGGAAGCUGGGACUGGAAAUUCAAGUGGAGAAGACCACUUAGAGCUUGGGAAGAGGAAAAUUUGCAACAAUUGCUGGAGACAAUAAAACACAUAAAACUAGUGCAAGGCGCAACGGACACUUGGUGCUGGAGCUUAGAGACCGGGGGAAGAUAUACCACAAGAACUGCCUAUGUGCAGCUAGCAAAAAAAGAAGAGAAUAGGCUGCUGGAGUCACGAGCUGAUGGAAAACAACAGCAAUCCUCUUGGGUCAAACCUCCAAAAGGCAUCCUCAAGGUUAAUGUUGACGCCUCUUACUCAUCCGAAAUAGGAUCUGCGGCUCUAGCCAUGGUUGGUCGCAACUUUAAAGGUGAAAUAUGCUUUGGAAAAACCUGGCUCUCUAUGGCGCUGUUACUGCUUUGAAAAAAGCCGCUCAACUUGUGGAAAGCAUGGGCACUCAAAAUUGUGUUCUUUGAAUUUUAACAACCAAGCAUUAAUUUCAUACCUCCAGCAAACUGACAAACCACCCCCAUGGGAAAUUCAGCCAAUCAUUUUGUCCAUUAAUUAGACAGAUUUCUCACCGUCAUCCGGACUUCUUGUUCUCCUUUAUUUGAUGAGAAGGUAACAGCGUUGCAAAUUGGGUAGCCAAACAAUCACUUAAAGGGAAAUGCCCCUUCUUUUGGGCACAUAGACCUCUUAAUGUAUUGCUCUCAUUACUUGUAGAGGAUGGUCUUUGUAAAUAAUGUAUAUUACUCUGA